CAGCUUUAAGAAGAAAAGAACCCAAACCCAACAUCAACAUGUCAUUAUCAAACCUCGCACUCAGGAACUUGAAAACUUUCAUCAAACCAACGAUCAAUCCAAUCAGAUCAAAUACAUCAAUCAAAUCAUUUACUACCUUUACUAAACAUUCAUCGGAUAGUUUAUUCGUUCAUCGUAAUACUUCUUAUAAUAAUCCUGAUUUACCUUUUGAAUUUACACCAGAGUAUAUGAAGCAAGCACAAAGAUGUAUAGAUAACUUUCCACCUCAAUAUAAAAAAGCAGCAGUCAUUCCAGUUUUAGAUUUAGCUCAGCGGCAAAAUAAAGGAUGGACAUCGAUUAGUGUCAUGAACUAUGUUGCAAAGUUAUUAGACAUGACCCCAAUGCGAGUCUAUGAAGUAGCUACAUUCUAUACGAUGUUCAAUCGUGAACCAGUAGGCGAACACUUUGUUCAAGUCUGUACUACUACACCUUGUAUGUUAGGUGGAUGUGGUUCAAGUAUCAUUGUAGAUACAAUAAAAGAUCAUUUAGGUAUCCAAUUAGGUCAAACCACAGCUGAUAAGAAAUUCACCGUGAUCGAAGUCGAAUGUUUAGGUGCUUGUAGUAAUGCACCUAUGGUACAAAUCAAUGAUGAUUUCUACGAGGAUCUUACACCUGAUUCUAUGAAGAAAAUCUUGGAUGAAUUGAAAGCUGGACGUAAACCAAGUCCAGGUCCUCAAUCUUCUAGAAAGAGUAGUGAACCAGUUGGUGGACUUACUUCACUCUCUGAAAAGCCAUAUGGUCCAGGAGAACAUUGUGUAGCCGAAUUCAAAUAAAUAUAAAAUGUGCACUAAAUCGGUUUAGAUCUAUAUAUUUCUUUUGUGGAGGGAAGGUUGAAAAACACCUUGAUUGUAUUUUCAAAUAUUACAGAGAAUGAAGAAUUGGGAAAUCUCAAAGAGAUUUGAUUUUCAGAUGUUUUUUUCUUUAUUCUGAUGGGUUAAAAUUGAUAAGUUUGU